AUGAACUUCAACCCCAUAUCCCCACCCCCAUCAAGGGCCUAUGGAACACCACCACCCCAAGUCAUGCAACAAGGCAAUUCAACUAACAAUAUAGUUGAUAUUGAUGUUGGUGAAGAUGAAAACAAUGAUGCAAGUUCGGCAGCUAAGAAAAGAAACAUGAGAUAUUGGACUCAUGAAGAGGAAGAGAGAUUGGCUAGUGCUUGGUUGAAUGCUUCUAAAGAUCCAAUUCACGGCAAUGACAAGAAAGGUGAUACCUUUUGGAAGGAGGUUACUGAUGAGUUCAACAGAAAAGGGAAUGAGAAGCGCAUAAGGGAAAUCAACCAAUUGAAGGUUCACUGGUCACGCCUCAAGUCAUCGAUUGGAGAAUUCAAUGACUGCUGGACUAAGGCAACUCAAGUGAAUACAAGCGGAUAUUCUGACGACAUGCUGGAUAAAGAGGCACAAGAGAUGUAUGUAAGCAGGUUUGGUAAGCCUUUUGCAUUGGUGCAUUGGUGGAAGAUACUAAGAAAAGAGCCCAAAUGGUGUGCACUCUUUGAGAAGGACAAAGACAAGACUGAAUUGGAUGAUAUUCCACCAGAACAAGUGCGUCCCAUUGGUAGAGAAGUAGCAAAGGCAGAGCGCAAUGGAAAGCGCAAGAAGGACAAUAUUGUGGAUGGAAUAGUUAUCCUUGGGACAAUAUUGAGAAAAUUAUCAAUGUGCAGGAGAUCGGAAGGCGGAGCGUGA